GAAAACCACUGGAAGAGGUGACAUGCUAUUGGAUGGCGCCGACGAGACACUCUUACACGAUGGAGCGCAUGCAAGCGAACUACUAUUCACAGCGGAGAGGUGCAGAGAUACCGCGCUUGUGCAACUUUGGUAAAGGAUUCAAGCGCGUGCGUGCAAAACGGCGAAGUUUGAGGGCAGACCGAAAGACGUUCCACGUCCGAGGACAUCAUGAGACGCCGCUUACCCCUCGUAGGAGUCGUACAUGGAAAUACUGCAAGAUCAAGCCACAAGAGAAGCGAGCUUGAGCCGGGUCCCAUCAUGGUCUUGUUCCGUCCGUGUUGUCAGGAUAACGGCACACGCAGACAGCUACAGGUCUUCUGCCGGUCUUCCGAGAUGCCUGCCUGUCUAUGCGGUCUGUCUUCGGCCUGACAGUUACUCCAUUCUCGAUGCCCUCUGUCCGAGAAGAACACUGCUGUUUCCC